AUGGACAAUCAAGAGUACAAUUUACUUCUGGGCGACAAUAGUGGAACACUGAUGCCCUGGAGUGCGAAGCCACGGCGGAGGAUACAUCCCGGAGGUGAAGGUGAUGAGAUCGGUAUGCGGUGCCCUCUAGGGCUGUGCUUUUCGGGACGAGUGCCACCAGGAGAAGAAUGGCGCCAAGACCUACGAGAUCCUGAAGGGCCUUCGGAGGGGGACCCGUCUGGCACCCACUUUGAGAUCUCACCCGCCGACCUCGCCUGA